GUUUACACUAGAUCUUUUUUCUCUCUCCUCCAAGCUUCUCCCUCCUUUGGUCUCCGACCACCCCUCUCUCUCCUCCGAGCUUUUCCCUCCUUUGGUCAUUGGCUACAAGGGCCACCGCGACGUCUCCGGCGACGAACGUUGCCGCAUCUCCAUUGACACCAACAUCAUCCACGACCCUAUCGUGCUCUUCCUUGACGAACCAACCUCCGGCCUCGACUCCACCAGCGCCUUCAUGGUCGUCAAAGUCCUCGGUGUCUUCAUUGCCAGCGGGGUAAUAUGCUCGGAGGAGAGAGAAAAAAAAAAUCCAUGGAGCGGCAAUUUUUUUCUUCUCCGGAGCGGAUUCUCAGAUCCAUUGAGCAGGCUCAUAUUAUUAAGCCAAAGCCUCUCAGAUCUGCUGUGUCGGCGUGACGGAAAUGAAGUCCUCAAGUCGUCUCUUCACGAUUGGAUUGGUGUCGGCGUGGUACUGCUCCAACAUUGGGGUACUACUCCUCAACUAGUACCUUCUGAACAACUAUGGCUUCAAGUAUCCUAUCUUCCUCCAUGUGCCACAUGAUCACCUGCUCCCUUUUUAGCUAUGUUGUCAUCGCCUGGCUCAAGAUGGUCCCCAUGCAGACCAUUCGCUCCUGCCUCCAGUUCCUCAAGAUCGCCACCCUCAGCCUCGUCUUCUGCAUUUUCAUCGUUUUCGACAAUGUCUCCCUCCGCUACCUUCCGGUGUCUUUCAACCAAGCCGUCGGCACCACCACCCCCUUCUUCACCGUCGUCUUCGCUUAUAUCAUGACCUUCAAGCGUGAGGCCUGGCUCACCUAUCUCACCCUCGUCCCCGUCGUCACCAGUGUCAUCAUUGCCAGCGGGGUAACAUGCUCGAAGGAGAAAAAAAAAUCUCAUAUUUUUUUUAUUUUAUCCAGUGUAAUAUUUUCAUCAUAUCUUAAUCGAUCAUAA